AUGUUCUCACGCUCUGUUCUGCGGAGCCUCAUCUCCGACCUACGAUGCACCGCCUCAGCAGGUCCCCUGCAGCAACGAGCAUGCUUGCACCAGACCGCGUUGCUCCGGGCAUCGCAACAAGAAGCCUCAUCUCAGUCCUCGUCCCCCAACCCUGAUACACCAUUGAGCGCUACUCCCCGAGCGCAAACAUCUCAGCCUGAUGCCCACCAGGGUGUCAAGAUUCGCACGCUCGACCCGACCACACUUAUCACCCCCCGAACACGCCGCGACGUUCCAAUUGAGAAGCAACCUGUUGCACCUUCCUUCGACUCUCCCCUCAAGGUUACCAAGUCCCUCAUGUCUAGUCUUCCGCACCUGGUUGGCCAGACGCCACACUAUGUUGUUGCCGAGCUGCACGCCCGUCCUUACCUCUUGACUGAGGGUGACCAAAUUCGCCUGCCUUUCCUCAUGCCCAAGGUCAAGACUGGCGAUAUCCUCCGGUUCAACCGAGCCUCCGCUCUCGGCUCGCGUGAUUUUACAUUGAAGGGUUCCCCCCAUGUUGACGAGCGUCUGUUUGAGUGCCGGGUGCGCGUGACAGGCGUCGAGUCUGAGCCGUUGCGCAUCAAGGAAAAGACAAAGCGAAGACAGCGACACACCAAGACCGCUAAGAGUAAGCACCGUUACACCCUCAUGCGGGUGAUGGAUGUGCGAAUCAAGUCUCCCGAGGAGUUGUUGCAGGAGGGUGCUGUGGUGGUUGAGGAUACCGCGGAGGCCACAAAAAUCGAGGCUAAGUCAUGA